AUGCCAACGCCGACGCCGGACGGCCUGGUAUCCUUGCUCUCUCAGAUCGGGGCUGGCCCAAUUCCUUCCAUCGCCGGAGAACCUCCAGUAGCACACCCUCUCCAUCGACCUAUCGACAUUUACCGGGCCUUCGUUGCGGAUAUCCUAGCCCGAGUCGCGGGGUGUGAGACACCUGUGGUAUACGAGUCACUCCAGAUUCCUAGUAACCCAGUGAACGGGGACUUGGUAUUGCCAGUACCUCGUCUGCGUAUCAAGGUCAAGAAGCCCGCCGAACAAUGUGCCGAGUUUGCGGCUGCGUUUCCAGACAACCACCCGCUCUUCCAGAAACCCGUGGCCGCUGGCAUCCACCUCCCUUUCUUCUUCGCUCCGUUGUCCCUCCCGCGGCUCGUCCUUCCCUACAUCUUUCUGCGUCAGCAAUCCUAUGGCAAUGAUCCAGACGUCGGAUUACGUAACCAUGCGGCCCCGGACCAGGGCCGCAAGAAGGUCAUACUGGAGUUCAGUUCCCCCAACAUCGCUAAGGAAUUCCAUGCCGGACACCUCCGAAGUACUAUCAUCGGCGCCUUCAUUGCCAGGCUCUACGAGACGAUGGGCUGGGACGUGGUCAAAGUGAAUUACUUAGGCGACUGGGGAAAGCAGUUCGGCCUGUUGGCGGUCGGAUGGCAGCGUUUUGGAUCCGAGGAGGAGCUGGCCCGCGAACCGCUCAAGCACCUCCUCGACGUCUACGCGAGGAUCAAUAAAGCCUUCAGCCCAGAACAAGAAGAAAGUAAGAAGGCCCGAGACGAGGGCCGUGACACGGCCGAGAUCGAAUCUCGAGGCUUGUUCGCGGAACGCAAUGCCUUCUUCAGUCGUAUGGAGGCCGGCGACCAGGAGGCCAUGGCACUAUGGCGCCGCUUCCGCGACAUCAGCAUCGACCGCUACAUUGCAACCUACGCCCGGCUUAACAUCGACUUUGACGAGUACUCUGGCGAAUCCCAAGUCAACAAGGCCACUAUUGAGCGGGUCGAGUCCAUUCUCCGAGAGAAAGGCAUCUAUGAACAAGACAAGGGCUCCUGGGUUAUCGACUUCGAAAAGCUCGGCUCCAAAGGCCUCGGUAUAGCCGUCGUCCGCGGCCGUACUGGUGCUACGACCUACCUCCUCCGCGAUGUUGCCGCUAUCCUCGACCGUGAAGAGAAGUAUGCCUUCGACAAGAUGAUCUACGUCGUCUCAACCGAACAAGACCUCUACUUCCGCCGCGUGUUCCGCACCGUCGAGCUCCUGGGUCGCCCCGACCUCGCCGCACGCCUGCAACACGUGAAUUUCGGCAAGGUCAUAGGCAUGUCCUCGCGUCUCGGAAACGUCCAACUACUAAGCGAUAUCCUGGACCAGUCGCGCGAGGCAAUGCACGACGUCAUGCGCCGCAAUGAGGUCAAGUACGCCCAAGUGGACGACCCAGACGCCGUGGCGGAGAAAGUUGGCAUCUCGGCGGUCAUGGUCCAAGACAUGUCCGGCAAGCGCAUCAACAACUACCCCUUUGACAUCAACCGCAUGACAUCUUUUGAAGGCGACACGGGCCCGUACCUCCAGUACUGCCACGCGCGCCUCAACUCGAUUCUGCGCAAGGCAGGCCUCACCAAACAAGACCUCGUCGACCAUCUCGAGAACCGUCCCGACGGGCUCGACGCGAAUGUGCUCGGGGACAAGUCCCACGCGACUGACCUGCUUCGGCUGAUGGCGCAGUACCCGGACGUGACGGCCAUGGCGCUCAAGACGCUGGAGCCGUCGACUAUUCUGACGUACUUGUUCCGUUUGGCGCAUCAGCUCUCGUCGUGUUAUGAUGUCCUGCAGGUUGUAGGCGCCGAGGGUGGCAGGGACGUGAUGGUUGCGCGGGCGGCGCUGUAUGAGGGGGCGAGGCUGGUGCUGGAGAGGGGGAUGCGGUUGCUGGGGUUGGAUCCUGUUGAGAGGUAA